AUGGGAAUGUGGGAGGAAGCGAGUGACCCAGUGAUGGGGAAGAAGGAUAAAAAUGAGGAGCGGAAGGAGAGAAUCCUGAAUCUCACACUGGAGAUUAUCUAUCUGCUGACUGGAGAGGGCUACGUCAUCCCUAAGAAGAAGAGCCCAACUGUGGGUUUGGGGGCCCUGCAUGCCCCUGGCUCCGUCAUACAGAAGGAAAAUGACAAGAAGAUCCUGGAACUCAUCUCCAACAUCAUCCAGCUGCUGACUGGAGAGGUUGCCAUAAGGUGUGAGGAUGUUUCCAUCUAUUUUUCCUUGGAGGAGUGGGAGUAUAUAAAAGGAAACAAGGCCCUUUACAGGGAAGGGAUAAAGGAGGAGGAGGAGCCCCAGCAGCUCCGCCCACUGGCAGCCUGUGAGUAUAAAGAUGGGAGCGAUGUUACAGCACAUACGGAAGCAACUUUAUGUUGUAAUAAUGAUGGGAAUCUCACAAACCCUGAUGUUUCUCCAGCGGAACAGCCCCCACCGGCCAAUGGGAUUAAAGAGGAAGAGGCUUCAUGGGAAGGGGGAAACCAAUCAGAUUGCAGCAUUAAUCCCCUUACAGAACAGAUACAGGGAACAGACACACCUACUCCUAUCAUGGGGUCCGGCCUGGCUAACAGCCUCUUUAAAAUGAAGGAUUGUAAAUACAACAAUUGGUCCCCAGGUAAAUCUGGCACCACAAAAAAUACAUUAAGUGGGAAAUACAGCUGCAAUGAGUGUCAUAUACAUUUUAGUCAUAAAAGAGACUUUGAUAAACAUCUAAUAACCCACAAAAGAGAGAAGCCAUUUUCUUGUUCUGAAUGUGGGAAAUGUUUUUCACAUCGAUCCAACCGUGCUCGUCAUCAACGAACCCACACAGGGGAGAAACCAUUUGCUUGUUGCAAGUGUGGGAAACGUUUCUUACAUCGAUCCAACUGCACUCGUCAUGAAAGAAUCCACACGGGGGAGAAACCAUUCUCUUGUUCUGAGUGUGGGAAAUGUGUUGCCACUUCGUCAGAACUCACUGUCCAUCGAAGAAUCCACACAGGGGAGAAACCAUUUUCCUGCUCGGAAUGUGAGAGAAGUUUUACCACUUCAUCGGAACUCACUGCCCAUCGGAGAACUCACACAGGGGAGAAACCCUAUUCUUGUUCUGAAUGUGGAAAAUGUUUUGCUCGUAGCCAUAGUCUGAAAAUACACUUUCAAAUUCACACAGGGGGGAAAACAUGAGCUUGUUGUUGUUUUUUCACAUCAAUCAUAUGUUAAUACGCAUAUUCGAAAUAUUUUGCCACGUCAUCAUUAUGUAGUGUGCAUCAGUGAAGAACCCACACGUGGCUCUGAAUUUAAUUCAGAUCGUCGUACCGUGCUGACUGGUUGUUUAGUCGAUGGGACAGGAUAGAACAUUUUGAUUGGAUAACGAUAUAAUCCGUGGAUGUAUCGUGUUUCUGACGGUAUCCUUGGGGAACCUUACAGUGCAAUUCUGGGACGUCGCUUUCAUAUGGUUGUUGUCUGACAAUUAUUUAAUGUUCAGAAUGUUCAAUGUAUUAUUGAAUGUUAGUUUGUAGCAUUUAAACGUCCAAAUGUUUGUCGGAAGAAGACUAAAAUCUGAAUGUGCAUGGCCGGCUUUAGACCAAUCCCGUCCAACUGAAGACUCUGGGUCUGAUGGACACAGGUGAUGCUCAGACAGGUGCCCCAUAAUGCUCUUCCCAUGGCACUGGCUCCCCAUUGGGAACUGAGGGACCUCAUUUCAUGCUUAGUUCCCAGACACUGGAAUAUAUCUCCCCCUCCCCCCAACAGAUAAUAUUCUGGGUUUUAUUGGACAAGAAGGGACUUAUUCCGCCCUGAGGCAGCCUAUAGGAUGCAACCGGCCCUUUUCCCUUCACAUUUAGGUUUUUCAUGCUGGACGGGCCAAGAGAGGCUGCACUGCUAGUGAGCGCUGAGUGACAGGGGAUAUGGGGACAAGUUGGCCGAUCCCACGUAUGCACUGAAUAAGCGCGGGGACACUAGCCCGUUAUGCACAUGUGUGUGCCCCAACAUGGCUCCCUCCUGGUGUAGGCAGCACAGCAAUCACAGGGGCAUUUUCUUGCAAUAAUAAUAAUAAAAUCCCCCCAACCUAUGUGCAGACAUUUGAUAGGUGACCUUGAAAUCUAUUUUAUAAAAUGACUUUCCAAUCAA